AUGAUUGAGAUAACUGAUACACAAAAGAUAGGCGUUGGCCUGGCUGGGUUUGGAAUGACGUUUCUGUUCCUUGGAGUACUAUUAUUAUUUGAUAAGGGGCUUCUGGCUAUUGGAAAUAUUUUAUUUAUAAGUGGUCUUGCAUGUGUUAUUGGACUACAAAGGACGUUUUUCUUCUUCUUCCAAAGGCAUAAGAUUAAAGCUUCUAUUGCUUUCUUUGGGGGAAUAACAGUUGUUUUGCUGGGAUGGCCAGUGUUUGGCAUGAUUGCUGAAAUAUACGGGUUUUUACUACUAUUUAGGGGUUUCCUACCAGCCGCAGUGAACUUCCUCAGAAUGGUGCCAGUUGUUGGUUCACUACUUAGCCUACCGAUCAUAGGAGGGAUUGUUGACCGGAUAGCAGGUGACAACGGCAGAAAUAUGGUAUGA